CUGCGUGUUCCGAUUUAUGGAAUUGUAAAUUGCUACAAUACCCACAGUCAUCGAUUACCAAAUCGUAUUUUUAGGUUCACUGUUAGUCCAAGCAAGAAAACGUCCCCGAAAAAUAUUCCAUUCUGGAAGCGACUCCUGUCUACUACGACUGUCGCUCCAAAACCUAUCGAACAGGUGACAGAGGGGUCCAUAGAAGAAGAAGAAGAACGUCUCCUACUUAUGAAGACAACUUCCGAGCCGUUCAUUGAAGAGGUAGAUGAGACUGAAGAAAUUCAAGAAACUACCGUGCCAUAUUCAGCCGAAGAAACCACACCCGAAGAAGAUGCCCUCACAACGUAA